GCAUUGCUCAGUGUACAAAAGCGUUUCAGUGCACGUCCUACUUGUAAAGCGCUACAGCAGGGCGAUUUUGCGCGUUCCCGUGACUCGCCAUAGAAAACAAAGCUGAACGUCUUCCAUAACAGCUAGGGGUGCAGACUGGAGGAAUAUCUGAACGCAUCCUGGACACAUCGUGCUGAAUAUGGAUCUACAGUGGGUGUAGCAUCGUUGGAGACCGAGCCUUGUCGGCUGGGGGGGUGACGGCAGGACAUUAGCGAAACUGACAAAAAAUAACAUCAGUGGGGUUGUUUUGGUUUUUUUUGUCUCGGGGUGCUUUGUCUUGUCCAACCUAACGAGACCAAACCAUCAUUCCCAUUUCAAUUUUGCAAAGAUAUCCAGCUGGUGCCUGCUAGCUGCCGCACGGGGACGUAUCGUCAUGUCGUCGCCUUAAAGUAGCUGCUUGGACGUUUUGGAUUGUGAAGGAUUAGCAGAAAACAUCCCCGAGGUCCCAUCGGGUUGUCACCGGGACCUGAAUCUGUGUGAGCCACAGUCGCGGAACCCACUGCUCUCGGCGAUAUGGCGGAGCAGGGCUACUCAUCCUGGGCGUACUCCCUAGUUGACUCCAGCCAGGUGUCCACCUUCCUCAUCUCCAUCCUUCUCAUCGUCUAUGGCAGCUUCAGAUCAUUAAACAUGGAUUGUGAGAGCCAGGAGAAGGACAAAGACGGUAACCCCACAUCAACAGGUGCUUUCAAUAACAACAACACAAAUAACAGUAUUCAGACUAUAGACUCCACACAGGCCCUGUUCCUGCCCAUAGGAGCCUCUGUGUCUCUGCUAGUCAUGUUCUUCUUCUUUGACUCGGUACAGGUGGUCUUCACCAUCUGCACUGCAGUUCUUGCAACAAUUGCAUUUGCAUUCCUCUUGUUGCCAAUGUGCCAGUAUCUGACCAGACCCUGCUCCCCGCAGAACAAGAUUUCCUUUGGCUGCUGUGGGCGUUUCACUCUGGCUGAGCUCCUGUCCUUCUCCCUCUCCGUCUUGUUGGUGCUCAUCUGGGUGCUGACUGGACACUGGCUUCUCAUGGAUGCUUUAGCCAUGGGCUUGUGUGUCGCCAUGAUCGCCUUCGUGCGGCUUCCGAGUCUGAAGGUGUCCUGCCUUCUGCUGUCAGGACUGCUCAUUUAUGAUGUAUUCUGGGUGUUCUUCUCAGCCUACAUCUUUAAUAGUAAUGUGAUGGUCAAAGUUGCCACGCAGCCUGCUGAAAAUCCCAUAGAUGUUCUGUCCCGGAAGCUUCACUUGGGUCCAGGGAUGGGCCGCGACGUCCCCCGUCUCUCCCUACCCGGAAAACUGGUCUUUCCCAGCUCCACAGGAAGUCACUUCUCGAUGCUGGGAAUAGGAGACAUCGUGAUGCCGGGGCUGCUGUUAUGCUUCGUCCUGCGCUAUGACAACUACAAGAAGCAAGCGAAUGGGGAAGUCCCUUUGUCCGGACGCAUGCAGCGCGUCUCCUAUUUCCACUGCACCCUCAUCGGAUACUUUGUGGGUCUGCUGACUGCCACUGUGGCCUCCAGAAUCCAUCGUGCUGCUCAGCCCGCUCUGCUCUACUUGGUGCCCUUCACCCUGCUGCCUCUGCUCACUAUGGCCUACCUGAAGGGGGAUUUGCGGCGCAUGUGGUCCGAGCCCUUCCACACCAAGACCAGCAGCUCCCGCUUCCUGGAGGUAUGAUGCACCCUGGGAUAAACGACCAGCGCGGGGAGGACUGCUGAUCCUUUACCUUAAUUAGAGGGGAAGGAGAGAGGGCGCACUCACAGUGAGGCCAUGUUGUCAUCACUUGUUCAUGCUUUCUGCCAAUCUUCUGUGAAAAAAAACCCUCAGAAGGACACCAGUGUGUGGAUCACAACAUCCUCCCCGUUUCAUCGCCGCUUCCUCUUUUCUGUUUAUUUCCUCUUCAUCAUAGCACAUCCUGCCUACGCUGUGUUUGCUCUUCACCCUCCCCCCUACCUCUCCUUUUUCCUUUUUCUCAGCACUAUAGUUAGUCUCAUUUUGCCACUUCCCUCCCAAGGCUCGUUCCAUUCAUCAGGCCUCUUCACGCUGCGUUUUCCUUCUUUUUCUCUGCGUCUUUAAUUUUCUCUGCAUCUCCGUUUGUCGCCGACUCAGAUGAACUCGAAGGACAGGCCUACCCCCCUUUUCGUGGACUUAGGGUUGUGAGACAUGACUGGGGUUUAUAUAUGUUUUUUUUGUUUUUUUAUGUUGUUUUUUUUUAGCAUUCUCGUGGUCAUCAACAUUAUUAUUAUUAUUAUUAUUAUUAUUAUUAUUAUUAGUAUUAUUAUAGAACGGUUUAAACAAACUGAGAAGAGGCGGAGUGUUCCAGUGGCACAGGACAGUGCUCGGGAGCAGCGACACAGUGAAGGAGAAGAGUCUUCCCCUUCA